AUGUCGUCCUCCCGGAGACCAGUUUAUGUCAACAAGAAACUUGUCGACACCGGAGUUCCCUUGGUAGAAUCGCGUGCUGCGGAGUCCUUCCAUCGUCGGUUGUCAGGAUACGCGCCAACUCCCUUGGUUUCUCUGCCGGAUGUCGCGAAGCAACUGAAACUGAAAGGGUUAUAUGUCAAAGAUGAGAGUUCUCGACUCGGACUACCGUCUUUCAAAGUCCUCGGAGCCUCCUGGGCCACGUUCCACACCAUUGCAAGAACAUUGGGACUUCCCCUUGACAUCGAAAUCCAGGAUUUGGCCAUAGAAGCAGCUAAAGCGUCCUUGAAGUUGUUCGCUGCCACCGACGGAAAUCAUGGAAGAGCGGUGGCAUUCAUGGCCAAGGUGCUGUCUCUGCCUGCGUGCAUAUAUGUUCCUUCGACGCUGAGUGAACACACAAAGAAUGCGAUAUCUGGAGAAGGUGUAUCGGUUAUCGUGGGGCCAGGUGACUAUGACAGUGUAGUGCAGGACGCUUUCGAGGCCUCACGAGCUACUGCUGGUGGAAUAUUCAUCCAGGACACUUCGUUCCCUCUUUAUGAAGAUAUCCCAGCCAGGAUCGUCGAGGGUUAUUCAACGAUGUUUCGGGAAAUAGAUGAGCAGCUUACAAAUCGGGCCGCUGAUUGUGACUUCAUCUUCACUCCGGUGGGAGUUGGCUCUCUGGCCCACGGAGUCGUGCAACAUUACAAGUCUCAAGCCCGGCAGAAGCCUACCAAAGUCGUCACAGUCGAGCCUGAUACAGCCGCAUGUCUAUACAAAAGCCUAUCAGCAGAAAAUUGCUCCAAGAUCAGGACCUCUUAUACCAUUAUGACCGGCUUGGACUGCGGUACAGUUUCGCAAACUGCCUGGCCUGACUUGCGAUCCCAUGUUGACGCUAGCUGCACGGUCUCCGAUUACGAGGUUCAUCAUGCCCUGCAAGAACUUGAAAAACAUGGGAUAUCUGCCGGUCCGUGUGGUGCCUCGGGCUUUGCCGCGCUUCGAUUACUAGCAGAAGGCUUGCGCCAUACCAUAGGCAUCCAGGAAGACUCCGUUGUUGUGCUCCUCAAUACGGAAGGACCGCGCCCAUAUGAUAUCCCUUACGAUGUUACAAGUGAUGAUCCAGUGGUAUUGACACGAAUGCUAGCCCAAAUCAAGUCUACGAAUCCCACUCUAUCCAUAUCGAAGAGAACCAGGGAAACUUGCAUCGCCGAUUACAUCGAAGCUUGGCUGCAACAUCGGGGCUUUGAGAGCCACCGUUCCGAAUAUACACGAAAGGUUGAUAUCAAUGAAUGGUACCGUAGAGUCGAGUGA